CCCGCACGAAACAUUUACUCUGUUUUUUUGUUUCCCUCCUUCUACGUUUCUCUGUACACGGCUUUCUUAAAUUGCUCACACGAAGCAGAUAAUUCGUCUCUCUAUCUCUCUCUCCUUGCAUCAUUUUCUUCGUCUCAUUGGUAUUGAUUGAUUCACGUGACUUUGUACAUUGCGGUUAAGUUCUUCCGUCUUGGUCAUUCCACAUGUUGUGUAGUGUUCAACGCCGAAUUUUCCUUCACCCGAGAUUAAAAUCGUCAAAUUAUCUGAUUUUUGAUGCCCUGAAGCUUUAGCUUGCAUCUGUAGUCAUUUGUCAAAGAUAAUUGAACAGAGGCUUUCUAUAUUCGUCGUCAAGGGUUUAGGAGAUUCUGGGUUUUGGCGUGAUUUUGAGGGGAAAGAUUGAAACUUUCCCCGUGAAUGGUAAGACAGUGAGAGAUGUCUGGGUACGUGGGUGUUGUCGUUUCUGAUCCAUGGCUACAGAGCCAGUUCACUCAAGUCGAACUUCGGACUCUCAAUUCCAAGUAUGUGUCGGUGAAGAAUCAGAAUGGAAAGGUCACUAUUGAAGAUCUCCCUCCUCUAUUUGCAAAGCUGAAGGCACUUAGUGCAACAUUUAAGGAAGACGAAAUCAAGGGUAUGCUAGGGGAAUUGGGUUCUGAUACAAGCACUGAUGUGAGUUUUGAAGAGUUUCUCAAGAUAUAUCUCAACUUACUAAGUAAAGCAGCUGAGAAAUCUGGUGGUCAUCAUAAGAACUCAUCCUCGUUUCUGAAAGCUUGUACAACGACACUUCUUCACACUAUAUAUCAGUCGGAGAAGGGUCCUUUUGUUCAGCACAUCAAUAGAUAUCUAGGGGAUGACCCCUUUUUGAAGCAGUUCCUUCCUCUUGACCCUCAUUCUAAUCAAUUGUAUGAACUUGUGAAAGAUGGUGUCCUUCUAUGUAAGCUUAUAAAUGUAGCUGUUCCCGGGACAAUUGAUGAACGAGCGAUCAACACUAAGAGGGUACUUAAUCCGUGGGAGAGAAAUGAGAAUCACACGCUUUGUCUCAACUCUGCUAAAGCUGUUGGAUGCUCUGUUGUUAAUAUUGGCACACAAGACCUGGCCGAAGGACGGCCUCACCUGGUGCUCGGAUUGAUUUCACAACUCAUAAAGAUUCAAGUACUUGCUGAUCUCAAUUUAAAGAAGACGCCUCAGCUUGUUGAGUUGCUUGAGGACAGCGAUGAUGUCGAGGAGUUGCUGAGAUUACCCCCUGAGAAAGUCUUACUGAAAUGGAUGAACUUCCAUCUUAAGAAAGGGGGUUACAAGAAAACCGUCUCAAACUUUUCCGCAGAUUUGAAGGAUGCACAAGCGUAUGCCUUUCUGCUCAAUGUUCUCGCACCUGAACACUGUGACCCGGCUACACUAGAUGCAAAGGAUCCUCUUGAAAGAGCUGAAUUGGUUCUCAGUCAUGCAGAGAGAAUGAACUGCAAGCGAUACUUGACUGCAGAGGAGAUCGUUGAAGGAUCUUCAACUUUGAAUCUUGCCUUUGUGGCACAAAUCUUCCAUGAAAGGAAUGGUCUAAACAAGGAUGGUAAGUAUGCAUUUGCGGAGAUGAUGACCGAAGACGUAGAGACUUGUAGAGAUGAACGAUGCUACCGGCUAUGGAUCAACAGCCUCGGGAUUGACAGUUAUGUCAAUAAUGUAUUUGAAGAUGUUAGAAAUGGAUGGAUUCUUCUUGAGGUUCUUGACAAGGUCUCUCCCAGUUCAGUCAACUGGAAGCAUGCUUCCAAACCACCGAUUAAGAUGCCGUUUAGAAAAGUAGAGAACUGCAAUCAAGUCAUAAAGAUCGGGAAACAGCUAAAAUUCUCACUUGUAAAUGUAGCUGGAAAUGACAUAGUUCAAGGGAAUAAGAAGCUCAUUCUUGGUCUCUUAUGGCAGUUGAUGAGAUUCCAUAUGCUCCAACUUCUCAAGAGUCUCAGAUCUCGGACACUAGGUAAAGAGAUGACUGAUGCAGAUAUCCUCAGCUGGGCCAACAGGAAAGUAAGAACAAUGGGACGAAAAUUGCAAAUCGAGAGUUUCAAGGACAAGAGUCUAUCGAGUGGGUUAUUCUUCCUCAACCUUCUAUGGGCGGUUGAACCAAGAGUUGUGAACUGGAAUCUUGUCACCAAGGGUGAAACAGGUUUUCACUACUCUUUUUACUAAGGUAUAGUUACUUACUCCGUUUACCUGAAUCAAAGCUUAUUUGAUUAUUAUAUGGUUAUUGAAACGUACAGAUGAUGAGAAGAGGUUGAAUGCUACAUACAUAGUUAGUGUCGCAAGAAAGCUCGGUUGUUCGGUUUUCUUGUUACCUGAAGAUAUCGUGGAGGUGAAUCAGAAGAUGAUCCUAAUUUUAACGGCAAGUAUAAUGUACUGGAGUCUUCAGAGACAUUCACGGGAGAGUUCAGAUUCGUCGUCAACUCAGAGCACCACAACGACGUGCACCAGCACAGCCUCGUCCCCUGCCCCAUCUGUCACAGAAGAGGAGGAAGUCUCCUCAUUGAGCGGUGAAGUCACGAGCUUGGCCGUUGGUGAUGCGGUUUCUGAAAUCACCACGGUCUCAGAGGAAGCAUCCAUCGAAUAGAGAGAGCGAGAUCACAUAUAUACUGAUAUACAUCUCUUGCUAUAGCAAAGUAGCUGUUAUAAUAGUGACUUCUCUGUAAUCUUUUGUUUUUUUGUUUCAUCAACUAAAAUUACCAAAAAUAAUAACAAUGUUACAAACACUCAAUCACAUCGAGAAAAGUAAAGUAAAAUUGUGAA